GGAUCCUGCAAAGGUGAAGGGAAAGAUUGUUCACUGCAUUCUAGCAGAGUAGGGCACUGAUUCUGUUGUUAAAGGGAUGGGUGGUAUUGGCACUAUACUUGAAAGUGGGGAAUUUCUUGAUGUUGCUCAAAUUUUUAUGGCACCAGCAACCAUGGUCAAUGUCUCCGAUGGCCAAGAAAUUGAGGAUUAUGUACAUUCCACAAGAUCACCUUCAGCAGUGAUAUACAACUCCCGCGAAGUGAGAGUCCCUGCUCCUUUUGUUGCUUCAUUUUCAACUCGGGGUCCCAAUCCAGGCUCAAGUUACGUUCUCAAGCCUGAUAUUGCAGCACCAGGAGUUGACAUCUUAGCAGCUUACACUCUUUUGAAAUCACUCACGGGGCUGGAAGGGGAUACUCAGUAUUCAAAGUUCACGCUCAAGUCUGGGACUUCCAUGGCAUGCCCUCAUGUUGCUGGUGUUGCUGCUUAUGUGAAGUCGUUUCACCCAAAUUGGACUGCAGCUGCUAUCAAAUCUGCAAUCAUGACCACAGCAAAACCAAUGAGCCAGAGGGUGAACAAUGAGGCUGAGUUUGCCUAUGGUGCUGGACAACUGAAUCCCUCUGGGGCAAUCAACCCUGGUUUAAUCUAUGAUAUGGAUGAGAUGUCUUAUAUUCAGUUCCUUUGUCAUGAGGGCUACAAUGGAUCCUCCAUAGCAGCUUUAGUGGGUUCAAAAUCCAUAAACUGCUCCUCUUUGCUUCCUGCAUUUGGCUAUGAUGCUCUGAACUACCCAUCUAUGCAGCUUCACUUAAAAUCAGGCCAACAAGAAACAGUAGGUGUUUUCCAGAGGAGCGUCACCAAUGUUGGCCCAUCUCCAGCUAUGUACAAUGCUACCAUUAAAGCACCCAAAGGAGUGCAAAUCACAGUCAAUCCCAAAACUCUCUUCUUCUCACAUGCCUUGCAGAAGCAGGGUUUCAAGGUGGUUGUAAAGGCAAAACCCAUUGCGACUUCCACAUUUACACUGCUAUCAGGCUCACUUGUAUGGAGAAGCACUCACCACACUGUGAGGAGUCCUAUAGUUAUUUAUGGCCCCGAAGACUAAUGUGAAGACAUUCCCAUUCCCUGGUUCUGUACCUCUAUUUGUUAUUAACUAGAACAAUUUUUAAGGAUGCUCAAGAGAACAGUUUGUUUUUGUCUAUUAGUAAUCAACAAAGAGCAAAAAUGUCCUUUAUUGUUGAUGAAAUAGUUCUGCUGGAUUGCCAAUAGGCAGAAUUUUCUGGCCCUUGUUUUGUUUUACAUUAGUAAUUCAGCACACUGAACAAAUUCUGGACCCAAAGUUAGACGCAGGUUGCAGAGGCUCAAUCUAUUCCUACUUGAGAUACCUUCAAGCUUCAAGCUUCAAGCCAGUUAUUCCUUACCCAUUCUUUAUAUUGCCUUUUGUUCUUCCUGUAUUAAGUAUUAGCUGAAGUUUCUCUUUGGAUUUUCCAAGUCUCCCCUUUCGUAUCUCGACAAGAUAUCCCACUGAGAUGUGCAAACAUUGCAAGUGCCUCAAAGUGGUAAGGUGCCUAAUACCAUUAUUGUUGUAGCAAGUUGGUCAUAUUAAUGGAACCCCACAGAAUAUAAAAUAGCAGAUUGUUG